AUGGGUGCCCAGAGAACUCGUGCCAAGUAUGAACAGAACUGGGAUAAGAGGUUGAGAUUCUGGUUCUGCUGCACCUCCUCGGGAGAAACACAAGAUAGUGCCUUUUCAGACAUUGCCAUCCUCUUCUCCGAGUUCUUUCGAGACCUGGACGUCGUUCCCACCGACGUCCUGGCGGGUCUUAUGCUCCUCAGGGAAGAGCAGAAGCAACGGAGAAGAGCCAUAGAGAACUCGCCUCAGAACAGUGUCUUCAAGUUCUUGUCAGGUGUUGCUGUAACACCUGAGACCAAGUUCCUGGACUUCCAUAAAUCUGAGGACAUGGAUCUGUUUGAAGAGCUUCAUUAUUAUUUCAAGUUUGCUGCUGCGUCCUAUGGUUGGAAGGGCUAUGUGAUGGUCUACGGUGCUGAAGGAUGCUGUACAAUGACCAGAGAAUGCAGAUGCUGUUGUUUUAAAAGAAGACGUCACUACCACCUAGACGAGACGUCCGACCCGGAUGCCGACAACUGCUGCAUGUGCAACUUUGCCGCCCUGAAGAAGAUGUCCGGCCUGAGCAACAAUGACAUCAUCUACGCAACAUUCCAUGUCUCGGUCAGUAGCAAUAAAGAGGACUCCUCUGUCACCGAAAGCUAUGGGUUAGAUACCGAGGGCUUGGUCCUGGUUGGGCGGACCAACGAAAAGGGGGGCUUGAAGAGGGACGUUCCAAAUUCCAGGGGUGACAAAACCCCACUUGAUGCUGAGACCCCGGAAUCAGGCAUCUGCCUCACGACGAGCCUCUCAUUCCAAGAGGAGAUGGAUGACCGCAUGAUGACCUUUGACGCGGGGUCGUUGGGGUCUUCCGAUGUCUUUGAUGAUGGUUUAUUGUCUUGUGGUGGUCGUUUUUGUUCUUGCUUGCCUCCCUCUCUUUCCCCUUGCAGCCAAGCUUGUUGUGAUUCUGAUGUUUUAUCAGCUGGGAGUGUAUCAAGCCUGUCACAGUCAGAAAACCUGGUAUGGGAGACACCGUUCUUUGUUGCUCUUGAUCAUGAGAGGAGACGAGUGGUCGUUUCUAUCAGGGGUACCCUGUCUGUCGCUGACAUAGUGACAGACUUGAGUGCAGACACAAGCCCUAUCUCCAGUCAAGACGAAUCAUCACCAUACCAAGGCCAUAAGGGUAUGGUUGAAGCAGCUAACUACAUCAAAAGAAGAUUGAUAGAUGAUAUGUUACUACACCAAGCAUUUACAUCUGAUGAGGCAAGGGGAACGCAAAAUUAUGAAUUGCUGUUGGUUGGUCAUUCUUUGGGAGCCGGUACGGCGGCCAUCUUGGGUAUCAUGCUACGACCAGACUACCCAACUCUCAAGGUUUAUGCAUACUCGCCUCCGGGAGGGUUGCUAUGCAAGGAAUCAUCAGAGUAUGCUGCUGAGUUUGUAACCUCUUUAGUGGUCGGUAAGGAUGUUGUUGCCAGGAUAGGUCUCUCUCAGAUGGAGUUCCUCAGGGCUGAUCUUCUUAACUGCAUCAAGAUGUGCAGAGAUCCCAAGUGGAGAGUUAUAAUGGGUGAGCUCCUAUGCUGCUGCACUGUCCACUCCAAAAACCUGGCCCCCGUCGAAGAUGUGGACACCCCGUCUCCGUUUCCGUGUCGACUUGACAAAGCCUUCCAUCCCACAAACCACGCCCUGGUGCUGUCGACGCACAGCCCCCUCUACCUACCAGGGAGGGUGCUGCAGAUUGUCAGGAAUAACCACAAGAGAGAGGGUAUCAGUAAGAAAGAUUGUGCUUACUAUGGUAUCUGGAGGGACCUCGAGGAUUUCAGUGAGGUUCUGAUUUCACCUGUAAUCAUCAAGGAUCAUCUACCAGGAGGUGUCAUGACAGCCUUAGACAAGUGCAUGGAGUACGGGAAGAGACACGGUCUACCAAAGCGCUGGUCGCAGGUCGGGAGGGCCCCCAUGAGUCCCCCAUCCCCAAGUCAAGAGUUCAACCAACCACCUUCUUCAUCGUCAUCUCAUUCAUCAUACCUGCAGAUGAAACCAGCGAGAUCAACAAGAGAGGGCACUCACACUGUACAUUUCCAGGAUUCUCCUUCCAAAUCAUCAGGGUCUUCCAACAAAUCCUCACCUACCAGAGGAUGGGGAAACAAAGCUUCAGAAUCCAACAACAACCUAUUGCCUUCAGGUCUACCCUCAACCCCAGAAGAGCAGGUGCCAUUCUUGCCGCAAUCCUCAGAACAGUCUAUUCCUGAUGAUAAACUAAGAACUAAUUCCCAAAACGAAUGGCCCAAAACAACUCUUACGAACCUUGCCUCAAACUUUUCAAGCGAGGGUGCUGCAGUGCACGAGCGUCUAGCCCCACUGGCCAGCAGCGAAUCCUACACGGAGACGGAAUCCGCAAGGUCUUCCAUCUCCUCCACCAGCUACUCUUCCGUUCUCAACCGCUUCGAGACGUCCCCAACCACCAAAGAUGAAGGCUACUGCUACUACGUCACAAACGAGUCCGAAUCGACCGUGAAUAACAAUACCGAAGAUUCCGGGGACGACUCGGAGAAACCAAAUGCUAUAAGGACUACAGCUACCAUUGAAUCAAUGCCGUGUAACCAUGACAACAAGGUUGAGGCGCCUGUUAAGACGUCACCACCAUUAGUCGGACCUUGGAGUUUAUUCCGUGGGGGUAACAGUCAUAUGUUUGACGAAGAGGGUAACGUGAAGGGGCGGACCUCCGCGGAUGACAGGUACACUUUAACCUAUGAUGGGAUGGAUCUGGAUCCUAAUACCGGUAGCGAGGGGGGCACGGAUUCACCCCUCUCCUCAAGACCUCAAUCCAAUGUGGGAACCUCUGCUACCCAGCCAUACCUCCCUGAGGCCAAGCUAGGUCACGGCUACACAGAGUACCUCCCCGUCAGUCCCGAUGCCGAUGACGACAUCGACGACGAAGCCCUCUUCGCUUCCCUCAGACCAGGGCUGUACGAGAACCACAGCGAAAAAUCAAGAAAGAGCUAUACUCUGCCCAUCGGAUCAAGUCUUCCACCAUAUGGAGAUGACCUAGGGGUCAAGGGAGGGUCGCCGGGGGUCAUUCCGAGGAGGAGGAGGAGUUUGGAUACGGUGUCGUCGUCGACGCUGACGUCGGGUAGUUCACAUAGUUCACCUCAGCGGCAAGUAGAGGCAAAGACUAUCUCCUUAGACGACCUAUGACAGAGAUUCAGAAGGACUCAACAUUUGGGAAUUUUUGUGAGAUAUAUUAAUAAUAAUAAUGACACUCUUACAAGUUUUUCCAA